AGAAUUCCCAGCGGCGAGGGAAAGUUUACAGGACGUAGGCGGCGGCGGUAGCGGUUCCCGGCGGCCCGCGGCCGACCAUGGCCCUGGCCAGCGGCCGCGGCCUCUUCUCAGGGCGUCCCCGGGUGGUGGCGCAGGGCGGACAGACUUCCCGGAAGGAACUGCCAUGCGCCUGAGUGGCGGCCGGCGCGCCUAGCGCCGCGAACAUGCGGCGGAGCUUGCGGGCGAGCGCGGGCUGCGGACCGGGAAGGCGGCGCCGGCCAGGGAGGAGGCGGCGGGAGGCGGGCGACCAGCCCUAGCGGGGCUGAGCGGCGCGGUCACGGGCCGGGUCCUCGAGGAUGCUGUCCCGCAAGAAAACCAAGAACGAAGUGUCCAAGCCGGCCGAGGUGCAGGGCAAGUACAUGAAGAAGGAGACGUCGCCUCUGCUGCGGAAUCUCAUGCCUUCAUUUAUUCGUCAUGGUCCAACAAUUCCAAGACGGACUGAUAUCUGUCUUCCUGAUUCAAGCACUAAUGCUUUCUCAGCUUCAGGGGAUGGAGUAGUUUCAAGAAAUCAGAGUUUCCUAAGAACUCCAGUUCAAAGAACACCUCAUGAAAUAAUGAGAAGAGAAAGCAACAGAUUAUCUGCACCUUCUUCUUACCUUGUCAGGAGUCUAGCAGAUGUUCCUCGAGAGUAUGGCUCAUCACAGUCAUUUUUAACAGAAGUUAAUUUUGCUGUGGAAAAUGGAGACUCUGGUUCCCGAUACUUUUAUUCAGACAACUUUUUUGAUGGUCAGAGAAGACGGCCACUUGGAGAUCGUGCCCAUGAAGACUACAGAUACUAUGACUACAACCACGAUCUCUUCCAGAGACUACCACAGAAUCAGGGGAGGCACACGUCAGGUAUUGGAAGAAUUGCUGCUACAUCUUUAGGAAAUUUAACUAACCAUGGGUCUGAAGAUUUACCCCUUCCUCCUGGCUGGUCUGUGGACUGGACAAUGAGAGGGAGAAAAUAUUACAUAGAUCAUAACACAAACACAACUCACUGGAGUCAUCCUCUUGAACGAGAAGGACUUCCUCCUGGAUGGGAACGAGUUGAGUCAUCAGAAUUUGGAACGUAUUAUGUAGAUCAUACAAAUAAAAAGGCUCAGUACAGGCAUCCUUGUGCUCCCAGUGUACCCCGGUAUGAUCAGCCUCCUCCCAUCACAUACCAGCCACAGCAAACUGAAAGAAAUCAGUCCCUUCUGGUCCCUGCAAACCCUUAUCAUACUGCAGAAAUUCCUGACUGGCUUCAGGUUUAUGCCCGAGCACCUGUGAAAUACGACCACAUUCUGAAGUGGGAACUCUUCCAGCUGGCUGACCUGGACACAUACCAGGGCAUGCUAAAGUCACUCUUCAUGAAGGAACUGGAACAGAUUGUUAAAAUGUAUGAAGCCUACAGACAGGCUCUUCUCACUGAGUUGGAAAACCGCAAGCAGAGACAGCAGUGGUAUGCCCAGCAACAUGGCAAGAAUUUUUUAAGUUAACUUUAUAAAAACAAAAUUCAAGUUUUAUAAGAGCUUUAAAACAUUUUCACAGGUAAAAUGACUGCAGACAAGUACUUUGGUAAAUAAAGGCAGCUUACUAUUUAGAAAUUAUAAAAUUCUAGUUUUACAUAUAUUUUGUUAGUGGAAAUUUUCUUUUGAACCAACAAAAGUUUUAUCACUUUAAGAGCCAACCCGGCAUACACUUUCAAAUGCUAUAAGGAAACUGCUUUGAAUAUUCUUGAUGAAAAGAGUGUGCAGCAAGAAAUCAUUAUAACCAGAUGCUAAACAGGAAAUGGUCACUUGAUUACUUCUUAUAGGAGCACACCUUUUCUUUUCUAA